GCCCGAGCUGAUCUCCGACCGAAGGAUCCGGGCGUAGCCGCCAGCCCGAGGCCCGCGCGGAGCCCCACGCAUCGAAAUUUAGGUCCUUGGUGCUAGUGGACCGGGCCCCAAGCGGAGGGACAACAUAAUUCAGCCUGGGUCACUCCCACCACGGCCAGCACCAUGCUAGGCGAAUGGCACUGCGCGGCGGACCUCGCGGCCUACUUCGGCUGCGCGCCCGACGACGACGACGAGCAAGCGGAGGGCUCGGUCGAGGAGGUCGCGGUCGCGCCCGCGGCCGAGCCGACGAAGAAGACGAAGCCGAAGAAGAAGCGGCCGAGCCCCCGGAAGGCGAAGCGCCAGGUGUCCAAGAAGGACGUGGCGCGCGCGGCCCCGGAACGCGCCGUGUCCUUCGAGGAACUACCUAAGAAGGUCGCGUCGAUCGCGCGGCCGCCGUCGCCGCCGAAGGCGCCGACGCCGCGGCCCGGCCUCUUCCGGCAGGCGACCAUGGGCCUGCUGUCGCUGGGCUCGUCGCGGACGAAGCAGAAGAAGCACUUCGAGGACCACGCGGGCCAGCGGGCGCUGAGCGGGAAGUACGGGCUCACCGUCGAGGAGGUCCACGCGCGGCUGGUCGAGGCGCUGCCCGGCGAGUCCCUCGCGUUCACGCGGCGCGUCGUGCGGGACCACGGCACGAACGAGAUGGGCCGCGUGUCGCGGUCGGAGUGCGACCAGCUCAUCGCGGACGUCGUCGCCAAGCGGCGCCUCAAGAAGAAGCAGUCGCGCGUGCCCGUGCCGGCCUACUUCCGGGAGAAGCUCAAGGGCCUGAAGCGGCACAACUCCAUCCCCCUCGAGCGCCACGAGAACGCGUCGAUCAAAUUAGAUAGGGCCGCGCUCAUGCGGCCCCUCGCGGCGCCGUACUUCGUCGAGUGGCGCGACGUCAUCCAGCCCGAGAUCAACCGGGACGACCUCGACGCCAUGUUCGCCAACCUCACGGACGCCAACCUGGUCCGGCCCGACCCGCUCACGAAGAACACGGUCCUGAUGUACGCGGCGCAGACGGGCAACGCCGUGCUCGCCCGGGAGCUGCUCGCGCGCGCGGCGGUCCGCGAUAUUGUUGGUGCCAAGAACCUCCAGGGCGUCACCGCGCUCGACUACGCGGUCGCGCGCGGCGACGCCGUCGUCACGGACCUGAUCUCGACGUACUCGAAGGCGCACCUCGACGAGGACAACAUCGACGACUACCUGCUGGGCGAGCACGCGGUCCGGGGCUACCGCGCCUCGCGCUCGGCGUCGUGCGCCGCGAGGCGGUCCAAGUAGGCGCCCGCUCGCCCGUGCCAAGACCGGUGCGGCUACUCCUAACAUGUGGUGUG